CCACAAACGCACACAAAUUCAAGCAGACUGACACACACACACACACAUGAGCUGCAUGAAUGCGGGUCCGACGCGGGACCUGAGUGGAACGGGGAUGAUGCUCGGUGCACCUUCGCUGAGCCAGGGGCCGGACUGACACGGGACCGGAACGAAGCUGAAGUCUCAAGAUGUCAUUGAUAACCCUCCAGCUGGGCCAAUGUGGGAAUCAAGUUGGUGGGCAGAUUUUCUCCACCCUCGUAGAUGAUAUUUUUGCCAAGUCCACGGGUCUGAGCAACAAAGAGAACCAAGCCUACAUGCAAAGUUCUUUGGAAAAAUUUUUCACUCAACGAGAAACAGCAGGACGGGAUGGUUCGAGUUCUCUACCUAUGGCUCGGGCCGUUCUUGUUGACAUGGAAUCAAAAGCCAUCUCACACACUCUCCAACAGGCCAAGAAAAGCGGUCGAUGGACUUACUGUGCUAAACGCUCCUACCACCAAAAGCGCGGAUCAGGUAACAAUUGGGCGCACGGUUUUUGCGUUCAUGGACCCAAGUCGCAUGAGGAUGUCAUGGAUUUAGUACGGAAAGAGGCGGAGAAAUGCAGUCGUCUGGGAGGGUUUGUGAGUCUCAUGAGUCUGGCAGGCGGGACUGGAUCUGGUGUCGGUGCUUACAUUACGCAAAGCCUGAGGGAUGAGUACCCGCACUCUUUUAUUCUUAAUCAGGUUGUUUGGCCAUACACGACGGGAGAAGUUAUUGUACAGAACUACAAUGCAGUUCUGACAUUAUCUCACCUCUACGAUACGGCCGACGCACUCGUAGUGAUGGAGAAUGACACACUGCACAAGAUUUGCAACCAGCUUCUGGCCAUCAAGAACAUUUCUUUUGAAGACAUUAAUCGUGUGAUUGCCCACAAGCUGACCAGCGUGUUACAGCCCUGUGUCUCAGAUAGUGCUGGAGGAGGACAAAUGUGUGAUCUUGGUUCCAUGUUGGAGCAUCUAGUUCCCCACCCUCAACAUAAGCUUCUUACCAUUAAGAACAUCCCUCAGAUGUCGGAUGUAGCCAGGGAGUUCAGCUUCCACCAGUGGUCCGGACUGAUCAAAAACCUGAGACAGAUGCUCAUAGCCAAUGCACCUAUGGAGGAAGGUAUUAAUUGGGCGAUAAAACCUUCGAGUCGUACAGCCAGUGGCCACACUUGCUUCAACCGGUCACUAUCCUCCCUGGUCGUCCUGAGAGGAAAAGAUGCGAACUCUGUGGACCCUUUCUACUUCACCGACUCCAGCAUCUACACCCCCUGGAUGCCCUCAGAUAUGACAUGCUGUGUUGCUAGACAACCUCGGUUGUUCUGCGAGUACGAGAAGUCGGCAGCUUUGGUUAGCAACAGUCGAGCCAGCGUGCAGCCUCUCAAUCGCAUCAUCGACAAAGCUUGGACGAUGUUCUCCACCAGGGCAUACGUCCACCAGUACUUAAAGCACGGCAUGACGGAAGAGGAUUUCUUGGAUUCUUUUGUCAGCCUGGAAAAAGUCGUGGCAAGCUACGAUAAUUUGUAGUGGUCAAACCCCGAAGGGAUGAGGAGUAAGGAAGUCCACAGUAUUUGAUAUGUUUGUAAUGAUUUCUGUGAUAUUUUUAGUUACAUUCUGUGAUAUUUUUAGUCACAUGCCAACCUAGAUGUUACACAGACGCAUCAAGUUCUGAUUAUUUUGAGUGUUACCAUAUAUUGCAGCACGACAAAAUGAGUUGCUUGCCACACUCAGAUGUUUUACAGUGUAAUCCUGUUAUAACGAGAGGAGGGGAAUGGUACGAAAUGUCCUUUGUAGCAGGAUUCUCGUUAUAAGGGAUGCAAAAUAAAUUCAAAGGAAAUAAUAAAGUACGCCUAAUCUAUAA